AUGUCCCACUCGUCCAUCCACACCGACGCUGAGAAGCACCAAGACCACUCGACUCCCAUCCAGCAGCGCUCAACCAUGAGUCCCACCCUUACUGCCCUCCGCGUCGCCCAAUACGCCGUCUCCAUUACCGCUCUUGUGGUCGCUUCGUGUGCGCUCGACAGGUCCUUGACUAGUAACGCUUGGUUCAGUGAUGAGGCAUCGAUCAUUGCUGGAUCCGUCAUCGCCCUCAUCGUACUCCCCAUCGCCAUCCACCCCUCCUUCCACAGAACAGCCACUUCCACCUACGCCGACGGCAUCACCGCCCUCCUCCUUCUCGCCGCCCUCAUCACCUCGGCGACCUUUCAAGCCAAGUCGAUGGGCAGCUGCGAAGGUCCCGCCUUCAUCGGCGUGUUCGACAACAAGCGGGCCUGUCGCAAGAUGACGGGCGCGGUGGUGCUCGCGGGGAUCGACUUUGCGUUAUUCGCGGCGAGCGGGCUGGAAGUCGUCCGUAUUCUAUACGUAGUCGGUCGAGCGGAGUUCAAGGUUUGGGUCUCGGACAUGCAAAGUAUGGAUUCUGCUGGCGUGUUGCGGAGAAACCUUUUGACCCCCAUGUACAGCUGUACAAGAUCAGCUUGGACUGUUCGCGAAGUCUUCCUCGAGACUGAAGAGCAGUAUAAAGACGACAUACCUGAGAUCUUCACUUUGCCUGCACCCGACCUCCCUUGA